AUGUCGUCGCCGUACGGCUACUCUCCACGUAUUCCUGCACCGCCAAAUCCGACUCCUUUGCGCACGUCGGCGUCAGCCAGGCUGGGCAGCAGGUCAGCGACGCGGCCGCCAAUUCAAAACCCAUUCGACAAGUUUAACCAAAGAGAGUUCGACUCAUGGAUUGGUGGAAUAACAAGUGCACUGCGCAAAGCACUUGGACAGGAGGACGUUGAAGCACCAGAAACCAAUACCUCAGAGUCGGCGGGUCCAACCACAGAGCCACAGGGAUUUGGCUUCAAGGAUGUGGAUAUGGGUUCAGAACCAGGAGACGAAAGCAUCUUUGAAGACUCGUUUGCGGACUUCAAAGCUCGUCGUAUCGCGAAAGGUAAAGCGCGAGAUCCACGCGAAGGACCUGGGUUGGGUGGAGAGGGAUGGAAUAAGGACGAGCCGAUCGAGCUUCUUUCCGAUGAUGACGAAGAGGAAGAGUCAACCACGGAGAACAUUUUGACCCAGAAUCAAUGGGACGAGGAAGAGGAUGAAGAUCCGAACCAGGGAGAGGAAUUGGAGUACUAUGAAGACGAGGAGGAAGCUGAGUUGAAUGAAGAGGAAGGGGAACAAGAAUACCUUGAAGACGAAGAAGAGCUCAGGCCCCGGGACGACCUUUCACCAAGUCGAACUCAAUACAGGCGUUGGAAGGAUUCGGCAUCUCGUAGCGGCGCGUCUUCGAAGGAAGCGUAUGGGGGUGAUGACGAUGAAGAAGAGUUUGACGAGCGUGAACUGGAAACGCGACGCGUCCGCCAACAGCAGUAUUAUGUCGAAAGUGCAGAUCAACAGGAACCUGGUUCCGACUCUGAUGACCAGAUUCACGAGGAUGAAGAAGACGAGCUCGAGUACGACGUUGAAGAAGGCGACGCGGUCGAUGCUCGGUCCUCUCCAAUCGAAAUCGUCGACGACGAGGAGGAAGAAGAACCGGAGGAACUCUCAUCACCCGCCAAAGAACCGGAGCCAGUUGAUCGCCCCUCUCCUCCAAGGAUUAUUUCAGACGACGACACGGAAGAAGACAUUCGCUCUUCACCACCAGUAGAAGCGGAGGCCACAUUGAAUGAACCUGAGGAAUUACAACGUGAUCAUUCUCCAAGCCUUUCCAACAUUUCGCAGGAAGAUCUCCAAUACCCGGAAGACGACGAAGUACAACCAUUGGAAGAUGAUACCUCAUUUCCCCCUCACAAAGAGGUUGCCGAACAGCACGAUUUCACUAUCCGAGACCCAUGGUCAGGACCUCGCAUGUUUGCUGAAGACUUUUACUCUGGAGGCGAUCGAGCUAUCUUUGAAGGGGUCACUACAGACCCGGACGUUCUCGGAGACGAGUUGGCAGUGGAACGCUCCGGCAAGGUUGACGCUGACCAACCGCAAAAAAGUGAAGAUCUCACUCUGGACAAUGGUUUUGAAGCACCCAUCGAACUGCCCGAUGUCUGGGAAGGGCCCCGAAAUCUUGCGGAAGAUUUCUACUCUGGAGGCGACUUCAAAGCUGAAGCCAAUGGAGCGCUUGACCCGCACCUCCUGGAGGAGGAACGGGAAAAGCACUUGGGUUCUGCCGCACCCAGCGACAUCCAGCACGCGCAGCCAGAGCCUCAGUCUCAUUCCAGCGGUUUGUUUACUCCCGAAGAAGAACCACCGAAUGAGGAGCAAGACGAAGCGGCUGCUUCUGCUCUUGUUCAACCUUUAGCCGAGUCCAGCGCGUCCUUCGCCGUCGAAACUAUGUUGGAUAAUUCAGUGGAAGCCUCUAACGAGGCCGUUCGCGAUGUUUCCAUGACCGACUUGUCGCAGAGUUCCGUUAAAGCAAAACCAGACGAGGACGCCGUCGAAAUCAGCAAGGAUGAAGUUACCGCUGUUCCAGUGGAAGAACAACAAGGACCGCCUUCGGAGCCGAUGGCUGUUGAAACGGCUCCCUCCUGCACUUCGAUAGAAAGCGCGGUUCCUGAACCGACAUCGCAACCGAUCUCCAUCUUCAAUGGGGCCCGUCCAGCGUCCGAUGCUAUCGAAUUCGAACACUCUCCAGAACCGUCGCCGGCUCCAGUCAAACGGUACAAGGUCGAGAUCGAGGAGGUGACCGACGAAGAUGAACCAGAGUCGUCGUCAUCCUCCAAGAAAAAUGUCGAGGAAGUCGAAAUAAUCAUUGAGCCUUCGAAAGCUGCAGAAGACCCCGCCCCUGUGCAGUCUCAAACCAUUAUCCCCGAAGAGGAGAUGCAAGAGUUUUCCAUCGUCGAGCCCCAGUCGGUUGUGGGAACUGGAGAAGAGUUUACUGAUGAAGACGCUGACGGAGAAGAGGACACAGAGGAUAUCGAGAUUCUCUCCGUUAGCAGUGGUGUUGAUAUUAUGGGACAUGUAGAUCACUCUGCGUAUGAUGUAGAGGUCGAGGAAAAUGCUGACGAGUCCCCGAUUCCGCAUGCGGGCGUACCCCAGCCGGUUGUCGAAGAACCCUCCUCUGAACCUGUUGGCCCUGGGGUUUCUCCUGAGGAAGACGUCGCUGAGGAAGCAUUCAAUGCGGCUCAGGACAUCCCUGCGGUUCCUGAAGAGCCCUCACGUGAGGACGCGGUGGUGAAUGAUAUUGGUGACAACCUAUCGAAGGGGGCUGAGCCUGAUGCUUCAGUGACAAUUGACCAGGCAAACAAAGAUGACUUGGCAGAGGAAGCUCGAAUCGUUGAACAGGUGACCGUAGCAGCAGCAGAGGAAGUCGAACAUCUCGAACGUACUUCUGAGCCAACACUUGGGGACCUUGACACCCAGUCCAUCGCGUCCACCCCACCGGUCACCACGGCGGAUACGAGUACCGACGAGGUCAAGGAGCUCGACGAUCUUUUAUCCACGGAGUUUGCUUCUCAUGAAAAACCUCACACUCAAGAGAACAGGGUCGAGGAUUUUGUCAUGCAGACCGAAGAUGUUCCAGUUCAGGUCGAGCAACAAACACCCCCAGAAAUAGCUACCGUUGCACCACAGCCUGAAGUAUCUGCCCCGCCCCAGGUUUCGCGAUCAACUAAGGAUGAAGAUGCCUUCCCAGUCGAAUCCCAGCCUGCGACGCCCGCCAAGGAGGCGUCACCAAAAGCACCUCCCUCACCUUUGAUCCCUGUCCUGACAAAGAAUGGGAUUCACCCUCAACAGCAAUCAGAACCCUAUCCGGCCAGUCUUUCGACACCCCGGGAAGCUGGUUUAGAAGCUGCUUCUCUCUCCUCACUCUCUCCUCUCCCGCCCGCCUCUCCCAAGCGGGGUCGACUUUCACCAGAGUCGAAACGAUCUCCCGUACAGCGUGGGCGCAAGGGCACAAAGACCGCUGUUGACGAAGGUGAUCCGUUCAAGCUGAUGGGCACUGGAAUGAAUGUAUUCCCGGCGGAAUCUAAGGAUGAUGGCGUCGAGGCAGCCCCUUCAUUGAGUGUCAAAUCGCCCCUUCCUCAAGUUGAAAAGCCUAAGCCCGCUGCAGUACCUGACGUCUUUGGUCCUGACCAAGAUCAACAGAGGGCUGCCGCCGUAGCGUCAUCUUCACAGUCAACCCCGGCGAGCACAACCAAGGCAGGCAAGCGCAAGCGAAAAGCAAAGCCACGAAAAAAGCAGACCAAGGAAGACAACGAUUCCGAUGCCGGUCAGAAUCUGUCCUCUAUACAUGUUCCUCGCAAGAGGAAGGCAAAGGACCCUGUUAAAGUCUUGGCUUCCCGAGUCAACAAGGCAAAGAAGACCGCCCCGCCAUCUACGGCCAGUACAGCUUCAGGAUCGAGUGCAAGCUCUGCUGCUCGGUUGUUGCAGCCCAGCUCGCGAGCUUCCUCAGUUGUCUCGACUGGAACGAACGAUACUACCGAGCACCCUUCACAGCCCUCUCCGACGGUCUACAAACCGAUGUCAGCAGCCCCUCCCCCCAAUCCUCAUGACCCUUGGGUUCAUGUUCACGGGCAGAAGCGCAAACAGUUACAGAUGCAGUUUACGCUGCCUACACAUACAGCCACACACGUCCCUCGCGCCGCCGUGGUCUCACCUUCCUUCUCCAAGAUGGCUGAUCGCGCCUCGCCCCUCAGUCCUACCACUCCUGUCACCGCUACCCACGCUGCACAUCUUGAGCCACCUCAAACCCACACUCGAGUCGAGGCUCCUCAAAGAGCAGCACCAGUACAGGCUGCGACUGCAACCGCUAGUAGCAGCACUACCCCAACCACGACAACCAACCCCGCGCGCAGGAGCCACACAUGGACUAGUACACCGGUCACCAGAUCCCACUGCCGCUUCCACAAGAUCAGUAUUCCGAGGGACGAGGAGGGUCCUAGGCUGUACUUCAUUGUCCCGGGCUGUUCAUUAACAAAGGAAGAAACCAUCCAAGAGGAGGACAUCGUAGACCAUGGCGAUGCGACCUAUCAGGACAGUCAGCGCAUGAUCCCGGAUGUGGAUUCAAUUGAGGGGUUGCCGGACUAUAUCAUCAACGUCUUACGCCUCCUCGUUGGGACCGAAAUCUUCAGGGAAGGUGAAAUUUUCUAUCUUCCCUUACCCGGUGAAGAGGUGGUUCACCGCCGUUCCGCUCAUGGUUCGUCAUCCUUUGGUCACUUUGGGCGCUCAGCUCCGAAUGGGUCAUCAAAUUCCACUCUGUCCGGGGUGCUCAAGAGGGACCUCGAGGCCGAUGCACGCGCGGCGAUGGGCAAUACCGACAGCGAGAGUUCGGAGGACGACAAUGAUUCAGAUUAUGAAGAAAAAGCGCCCAAGAAGGCCCGUCGUUUCCGGAUGGAAAAGGCAGGAGACGUGCCACAGCCAGCCCAAGAUGUUAACCAGACACCGGGACAAAGUGGAGCCAGUCGUACACCAAACGAACCCUCUCCUCUCAUUGGACAUCAAUCUCUCAAACGCGCAAGACAAAGUAUCGGAGCACAAGACGCGGCUGUCCUCGAUGAUGGCGCUCGCCCGGUCAAGAAGAUCAAGGAAUGGAAGCAACCAGUCCUCAAGCCUGGCCAGCCUACGACGAACCCUAGUUCAACUCUGGCUGCAACCAUGGUCUCUCCCGCCGCACCGCCGCCAGGAUAUGAAGCAACCCCAGAAUCCGUCGCGGUGCCGGCAUCGUCGGCGAACGUCGAUCCCGCAAAUCCAGCCCAGCGCUGA